AUGGCACGGGCGGCAACACAACAGACACGUCUAGUACAACGUACGUACGUAACGUGGGAGGAAUGCAAAGGAAGGGAAGGAAUCCUGAAUCAGGAUGGAUGGAUGGCUAGGAUGAGGGAAUUGCUGGAACUCUGCUUGAGCAUGGCGGGAUAUGGAGAAAGGGAAAUGGUAUGGGCGGCGGUCAGGGUCAAGGCAAGGGGGACAGUCUUGUCUCGUCUCCGUAGCCUUUACGGAGUAGAUGACAAAGCAAUGAAUGUUGUGGCUACUGGGUACAUACCGCUAAUGGCGCGAAUCCCGAAUGCUUGCGCUUGUGCUUGUGCUUGUGCUUGUGCUUGUGCUUGUGUAGAGAGUGGGGAUGGCGUUACUGUUACUGUUACCGUUACCAUUACUGUUACUGUACCGACGGGUGGGUGGGUGACUGGGGGGGAAGACGGAAAAGCCGAGAAGGGCUAUGCAGUUCCAUCUGAAUACCGAAUGUACUUGAUUUACAAAGGUAAGAAAAUCAUCAAAGGUCGCGCGAGCGUUUUCGAGCAGAGAGGAGAGUCGAUUGAUCUCUUGCCACCUCCCUCCCAACAACCAACCAACUCUCGCAGACAAUCUCGGAAUCAAACUGGUACAUCUACCGUAUAUGCCCUUUUCACACGUGCGUUCGUUGUCCGACUUUUGCGCGGUUGUGACGUGACUAGAUCCAAGGUUCAGAUGGUCAACAAGGUCGGUCGGUUCACUGAGAAUGCAUGCAUGGAAAAGCGUGCUUUUGGUACGUGUGUGACGGCCAUCAAGGACGACAACGACAGCAGGCCACCCAUUCGACGGUCGGAGAGAAGGAGCGAACGAACGAACUUACGAACGAACGAACGAACGAUGAGCUUUGGAGGACCGGGAGGCGCGGCGCCGAAUGCGAAACCUUCUCCACCGGAGCGUGGGAGUUUCCCGCUGGAUCAUGAUGGCGAAUGCAAAGAUGUCAUGAUGAGCUACCUCUCGUGCAUCAAGAAGGUCAAGGGCAUGAACGACCCCGAGUGCCGGCUACAUGCGAAAUCUUACCUCUCCUGUCGAAUGGAUCGGAAUCUCAUGGCGAAAGACGAAUUUAAGAACCUGGGCUUCGUGGACGAGAAAGAGCAGGCCGCUUUGGAACGGCAGAAGACGGACGAGGAGCAGCACAAGGGCGAAUUGAGGUGGUGA